UAGAGAAUAAACGAGUAGAGUUGAGAUUUCUCUCAAAAACCAAGACUUCGUCUUGAGGUGCUUAGGCACUGAGUGUUUGAGGUAAUACUCUGGAGACACUCUUAUCCCCUACCAAAAAUACCACACAACAAAAUCAUCAGACCUACAAAAAAUUCCUAAACAUAACUCCAACGAUCAUCUCCAGCAUUCUUCACAUAGCAUCACCAUGAAGACGCUAAGUAACAAGGAAUCAAACCAUUUCAACUAACAAGAAUCAGGUAUGUCUGACAACCCUAGUACUAGUAAAAAUCAUUUUUAUUAUUUAAACAAGAAUGAAGAAGAAAAUUAUUUCUUGGAUGGCAUCGUAGAUAUUGAAAAAAUAAAAGAGCAAACUAGUUUUACUUUAUCAUAAACCCAAAAUUUCAUCACUAAGUCAUUUUUAUCUAAAUUAUUUGAUAGAAAAAAUAUAAUUAAAUAUGGAAAGAUGAUAGGAGAAACAACUAUACCAAUAGAACAGACAAAAGGAGACUUUCUAAUCCAAAUAAUAUAUAAGGAACAAAUUAGAAAAAAGUUAUCAAAACUACAACAGGAAGAACGAAAUAAAAUAGCUUAUAUUCAUAUUAGUAUGAUACAAAUUAUUUUUAAAUCAACAAUGAAAACAAGAAUAAGUGAGCCAAUAGAACUAGAAAUAAGAGAUGACAGACUCAUUAACAAUGAAGAAAGCAUAAUAGCAAAAGGACAAGGAAAUUUAGGAGUAGGAAUAAUUAAAUUUGAUAUUAAUUUACAACAAGAUUUAAGUCUAACAGACGGAAAUCUUGAUUCCUCAAUAAUUAUAAAAUAUGAACUAAAAAGAGACAAUUUUAUGAGAGAAAAUAGUAAACCAUUUUCAAUAACAUAUCAAAUAAACUACGCUUUGACCAAUAGUCGUCAUAGUUUAACAUUCAAGGAUAAAGAAGUAAUUACCAUAGAAGAAUUAUUUAAACCACUAAUACAUUUAGAAUCCCCUAUAAAAAUAUUUAAAUCAGACUAUAGUAAUCCAAGAAUUAGUAUAGACUAACGACCUCCCUCUAGAAGAAUAACAAACAAGUUAAAAGAAGAAGAACAAGAAGAAAAAGAAGAGAUAAGAAAUAUUACAAUACUUCAUGAGUAUGACGACAAUAGUGUAAUAAAGAAACUACAAGAACUAAUCUUAGAAAUAAAAGAUAAGAUAUAAAUACUAUAAUGCCUAAUAUUCACCAUAUAAAUAAACUAAUAGAAGGAAUAGACGCUAUCGAUCUUACUUCAAUAAACGAUAUCACUAUGGUUACACUAGAAUUAUCAUACUUUGUUUCAGAUAUUGUAGAAGAACAAAUGAGUGUCGGAACUACGGAAACAUUAGAGGAAGUUAUUUCAAAAACCGAAUUAAUUACUGAUAUAAUAACUAGUCUAACUAAAAUAAAACAAAAACUAAUGAAUAAUUAAAACUCAGUAACAAUUAGUUAGGGAAACUGAAAUCUAUCCGCAAAACAAAAAAAAUUAUCAAUUGAACCAUGUCACUAUCUCCUUUCAUAAGGAAUAUAACAAAAAAACUAAAGAAAAGAAAAGCUACCUGAAAAACCAUGCAUAUCACUUGUUUGAAAUCAAAUUCUUUGACAAGACUAUUAAAAUAUUAUAUGAGGAUAUUUCAAUUUGGAAUAAAAAAAUAUGCAGAAAACUUUGGUAUCAGAGCCCACAAACCCAAUCAAGUUAACCAACCCAAGAAUAAGAAUAAAGAAUCAAAAACUAAAAUGAGAAACGACAAAAAUGUGCAACCCGAUUCAACCCAACGGGCUCACUUUGACACCCCUAGAUGCUGGACAGGUUACUCAUAGUUACUCAACAUAAGGUUACUGACCUGAUAUGCUCUCUCCUUAACUGAUCUUUAUUAUUUUGCUUCAAGUUCGAAUUUAGAUAUUUGUGUGCCAAAUAAUAAGAUUUUAUGUGAUCUACAGAAUAAUAUCAAUUUUGAUAUAUGUGAGAGAAAAAUUCAAAAGCAUUGUCACGAUCAUAUGUUCAUGACUCAUGCUCCUAGUCAACAAUAACUAAAAUUAUAUCAGUAGCAUUCAAAUUUAUACCACUAUACACGAAUGACUCGUGUACGGGACCAUAAUUCACAAUUUCAUCCAUGUAAAUAUUAACCUAUACCAAUAUUUAAUUUUCACUAAUACAGGAGCAGAGCUAGGAUCCAGUGGUCGGGGGGCUGACUUUUUUGUAUAGUAUCCGUAAAAAAAUUUAAGAAGAUAUUUACAUUGUGAGUCAUAAGCUCCAAAAUUUAAUUAUCUAGACUCCAACAUUUAAUUAUCUAAAUUGAAAAAAUAUUAUAAGCUCUAAAAUUUCAUUAUCUAGUUUGAACUUUGAAAUUAAAAGAUAUUUGAAUAAGUACAAAAGUUAAGUAAUCGGUCUAAAUUUUAAACAAAAAUUUAACCAAAUUAGGAAAACUAAAAGAAAGAUGUUGCUACCAGGUAUUGAACCAUGGUACUGCAUAUUCACAAGCAGCUACUGCAUUCCGUUAGAUUAGAGACAGAUAUAAUUAUUCAUUGUUUACACAGUAUUGUUAUUCUAGAAUAUUUAACUUCUUCGAAAUUUUCAAAAUUCUCGAUAUUUUUGCACGCGAUCUUGACGGCCCCCUAGGAACAAGGUAGCUUCGCCUCUGCACUAAUAUACAACAACUAGUUACAUUUUCUUUAAAUGGAAGAAAAAAGAAUAUUAGAAACAAACUGAAAUGCUCGAGGAAAAGCGAGAGAGAUCUGCUUCUUUCAUAUUCGUUUUGUUUCUAUAGUGUGCUUCCUUGCAUUGCAUGGUGGGCUUUUUAAUUUCUACUGUCAACGUUAUUACUUUUCCCAACCAAAGACUUUUGAUAUCGGUCUUCGGGUGUUAUUUUAUUCUUUAUAUUAAUAAGACUUGCUAACAAUAUAAAAGGAUUGGUAGCUGAUAAGGUGUUUAAUCUUGUUAGGGGUGGGCAACGGGAAACGGGUAUUUGGGUAUACCCGUACCUGUCCCGUUUUUAAGGGUUACGGGUACCCAUAUUACCCGUACUAUUAUAAACGGAUGGGACUUGGGAUUGUACAUUCCUAAUAUGGGUACCCACGGGUUACCCGCAAAUACCCGUUUGGGUAAUGUGGGUACCCGUUUUACCCAUUUGCGAACUCUAAUCCAUAGAAAGGGAAUGUCCACUUCGCCACAAAGAUGAAACUUUUCUUAGUAAAGAAACAAAGAACGCUAUGGGAAAUGCAACCUCAAUAGAUAGUAUGGCUAUCACUAUAUCUAUUGAGGAUGCAUGCAUUCACUAAGGAAUGUCAUAUUUCUGCUCUUAAAUAUGACUUAUUUUUAGUACUUAAAUUUUGAAUUUACUUAAAUAUUCAUAACAAAAAAGCAACUCUUUCUUUCUCAAAUACUCUCCCCAACCACACCCUCCCCUCUCACAUUGUCACUGGCCACUUCGCAGUGGUGAAAUUUUUUUUGGUGAAAAGAAGAGCACAAAGAGGUGCUCUAACCCUUAUUAUUAAUCAUAUGAGGUUCUGAGACCACAAUUACAUCACAUAACAACAAGUGAUGUAGCAUCAGAUCGUAAAUAUCAAAGAGAGGAGCACUUCUACUAUGCUAUAAAGCAUUGGUGCUUUAAUGUACAACUUGAAGUUGUACUAUAACGUUAAAUGUAUAAGUUCAGGUUGUACCAUAAAGGAAUUUGAACCCUUAUGUUAUUGUACAACUUCAUAACUUAAAGUUGUACCGUCACAUAAAGGUACAAGUUCAAAUUGUACCAUAAAAGAAUUUGUACAAAAGUGUAUAGGUACAAUAUGAAGUUGUACCAUAAUGUUAAAAGUACAACUUCAAGUUGUAGCAUAAAGGCAAAAACCUAUAGCACCAAUACUAUAUGGCAUUGUAAAAUUCCUUCAAAGAGAGAGCAGCCUAUGGGAAUAUCAUGCCCCUUAUUCCCAAGAAAAUCACCCAUAAAGUUCUGCUCUCUAUAAACAUGCCUAACGCAGAUCUCUUAAAAUUGUCCACCAACAUCCUAGCUUGAUGGAUAAUCGGGGCAUAGCGGUGUGACUCAUCAACCGACCCUCUAGGUAGCUCAGCCACUACCUGGGAGUCAUUUGUAGUUUGACCCUCUCUACUCCAUCCUUUGAUGCAAGUUGUAAAGCCUCCAAAGCUCAUCGUAGCUUGGCUAAAGUUAUGGUACAAACUCCAUAGUUAGACAGAAAGUUCCCCAUAGAUCUCCCCUCGUGGUUCCUUAGAACACCGCCCGCAGCCGCCCUUGAGCCCUCCCUCCGAACUGGACCGUCUGAGUUAAUUCUGGCCCAUCCCUCCUGAGCUGGCUUCUAAUACAGCAUUCGCUUUGUUCUCUUCACCUCUUCUUGUAUGCCACUGGCCAUUCCUCAUCAUGUGCUUUGCGAACAAUCGCCACCCUGGCCUUAAUCAGCGUCACUAACACCUCUGUCGUUGUCGAUCCUCUUGCAAAUAUUCUAUCAUUUAUGCAAUUCCACAAAUACCAACACGCUAUACCAAAGAUUAAGCACACACUUGGCGACCCGCUACAAAAAUAUAUAUUGCCCCUUUAGGGAUGAAUGUUACAACAUUGACCCGAACUUCAUUGCAAAAAGUGAGCGUCUGCAACGAGUUCCUAGUCUAUGUUAUAAGUGGUGUCAGAACAAAGAUGGAAAACAAGUUUCAUGAUGGCGUUGAAACUUUUAGUGACAAAAAUUAUUACCACUUCCUUACCUUCCAAAUACGCUAGAGAAAACAAAUCACAUGCACCACAUAUUAGAGAGAGGAAUAACAUUCAAGCAAAUGCCUAUAGAAUAUUGCUUAAUUUUGAGUCGGCAACUUGGCCAACCCCGAACGGAUGCUAGAAGCCUCCCAAAGGGCUAGCGCCACCAGACAAGAAAAAUAGAUGUUCCAAGGACUAAACUUCCGCCCAACACACUGGGCACGUUUCUAAAACUGUUACCUUUUUUAAUGCAAGGGAUCUUUAGUCAGUAGAACUUGACAUAGCAUCUGCCAAAGAAGAAAAAAAACUUUACUUUAACCUAUAUCAGACUCUCAGACUUGCAUCCACAAUUUAUGAUCCACUAGGCUUGCCUUGCUCUUCUACCGCUCCUACCUUUUCAACCUAGCUGGCAAAUGAAAACCAAUUUAACUGAAUAUUCAGUUGAGGCAUACUCAUACCAUACCAACCAGCCCUCCAUAACUUCUCGAGAUUACCUAGUUGGCAAUAACUAUUUUUUCUCAAUUACCGGCAAUCAAACAACCCAUACACUAUUUUCCUUUUUCACUAUCAAUCAUGUAGACACUGUUGAAUCUACGCCUAAGGGAGUUGAGGGAAUAACUUUUGGCAUUAAUUGAGAUACCCUCAAGAUCUAUUUAUCAAACAUCACUGGAACAACCUCCAUUGAGGUCCCCUACCACACUAGUCUUUCAUACAAUAUGAUUCACAUUCAUGAAGGAUACUCUGCCAUCCCCAAGAUGGACGAGAAACAGCCCCUACUAGCAACAACAUACCAUUUGGAAAAUACUUAUCAUGAUAAAUAUGAGCCAAGAGAGAGGUGAGAUCAUCAAAGUUUGAUUAAAUAGCACAAAUCGUCUAAACCCCAUGAGGCCCUCGUGCUUGCUAUGACACGUGACCUCCACGACACCUAGUGCAUGUUUCCUUUUCCUUAGAGAACCCCCCACCAAAAUUGUGGCAUAUGUUUAUUUAAACAACAAAAUAAAGUAAGUGGCAAUUUGAAACAAGACAUCACAUGUAUUGACAAAGGCGUCGCAUCUGCCUUUAGGAAAGUCUCCUUUGCCACCCACGAUAGUGCCUUUGUUUCCAACGUUUGUGCUUUGACAUACCGCCGUUAGUGAGACCAGGUAAUCCCCCUUUGAACGUAGACCAACUAUUAAUCUUGUGACUUAUUGAUCAUAUUAAGCAAGAGGUUGAGGUGGAUGAAAACACCCCCGAAGCUAUUGUGGAAUGGUAUGCCCGUGUUUCAUAGAGGGACCUCACUUUUGCCCUGAUGUAGCAUCCAACCAUUCCGCUGAAUAAUUAGCUGGAAAUUUCAGAAUUUUCUACCCAUAUCUACUAUUUAAAAUAAUUAAGUAUGCAGAAAAUUUAACAUAAAAUCGAAAUUUACAAAAACAAUAUAAUCUAUAGACCACUUAAUGACCAAUUUUAUCCCUAAUAGGCAUAUCACUAAUAAUAUCCUCAGUUUGCAACAAACUGUCCACUCAAUAUCGAGGAAGGGUGGGAAGAAAGGAACCAUGCUCCUUAAGGUGGACCUCGCCAAAGCCUAAAACAAAUAUGAUUGGUCGUUUUUGCAAGAGACUCUAGUGUAAGCUAGAAUCCCUCACAACAACGUCUGCGCCAUUAUGCAAUGUGUCACACAUCUGUCAAAAUGCAUAUCUUGUGGAAUGGAGGAGAAAUAGAGGCUUUCACACCAACCAGAGGACACAACAAGAAUUUCCCUUAUCUCCCUACUUAUUACGCUUUCUGUUGAAAGAUUUAGUCAUUCGAUAAGUAGGAGUGUUAAGAGUAAGGUUUGGAAAUCUGUUUCCCUUUCAGUUGGAGGACCACCCCUCUCCCACCUCUUUUUUAUCGAUGACCUCGUGAUUUUUGCCAAGGUUGGUGUCAAGCAGGCAUAGGGGAUCCUUGCUUUCCUUAAUGAAUAUUGUUAAGUGUCAGGCGAACUCAUUAGCAAAGACAAAUCUAGGGGUUCUUUUCUAGAAACAUUAAGUUACCAAAUAGGAGAAAUAUUUGUAACCGCCUAGGUAUCCAACAAACUGACAAUCUAUGAAGGUAUUUGGGGGUUCCAGUCGUCCAUGGUAGAUUGACUAUGUUUCCUGCAUUCAUCUAUGACAAUAUUGAGAGGAAAAUAAGAUGGUUUGUAUGGGGCUCGCAAGAGGGUAGAAGGAGAGGUCCAUUUAUUGAGUUGGGAAAACAUUUGCAAACCAAAGAAUAAGGGGUUCUAGGUUUGAGAUCUGAUGCAAUCUCAACCUGGCUUACAUGGUUAAAUUGGCUUGGGAUAUCCUUAAUAAUGAUGAUGAUUUGUGGGUGCAGGUUUUACAAGGAAAAAAUUUCCAUCAAAGGAAUGGGAACAUAAUUGCAAUGAAAACGAAUAACUCUUUGGAAGGAAAAUCUGAAAGCAAUGCCAUUCAUGCGGAAAGGCCUGGUUUGGAGUUUGAGAGACUUCCCUGUCACUGGCUUUUGGACCCACAUUUGGUUGGACAAUAUGAUACCAUCUUUGAAGAUUUUGCAUUGUGUGAUCUUACUAAUAAGGAGAAAAUGGAAUGCGUGGCUGACUGGAAUGGAGAUGAUGGUGAGUGGAAUUGGGAAAGGGUCAAAGCUUUCAUUCCUAAUGAAAUUGUAAUUCGUAUUGUAGGUAUGAAGACUCCCAAACCAGGGCUUGGAGAGGACAAAACCAUAUGGAGCGCUAAGAAAGAUGGAAGAUUCAGACUCUGUUCAGCUUCAGCAUACAACCUGGUUGUGGAUGAAGCGAAAAUUGAACCGCCUGCAGUAUGGAAGAACAUCUGGAAGUGACAAUGCCCUAAAAAGGUUAAAAUCUUUCUCUGUCUCGUGUCACAUGAUUGACUUCUCGCCAAAGCGGAGAGGAAGAAGAGACAACUCACCAUCAAUGACAAAUGCAACUUUUGCAAGCAUGAAAUAGAAACAACAGAGCACAUUCUGCGGAGCUGCUCCAAUGCGAAAGGGAUUUGAACUCACUUCAAAUAUAAAGUCAGAAAGAAAAACACCACCCUUGAAUUUCAGUCCUAAAUUAGCAGGAAUCUCAUUGUUGCUGAUGUUGGUGUCGACUUAGGAAUCGUCUGAUGGAUUCUUUGAAAACAGAGGAAUAAUGAAGUCAUGGAAGGAAAGUUCUACUCUGAAGCAAGCUUGAUCUACAUAGCACAAACUUGGUUUAAGAUCUACCAACAAGCACAAAGACCAGAUGAUUGCUGCCUCAGACCAGUCACCACGCCAUCCACGGAACAGGAAAUUGGCUAGAAACCUCUGGAGGAAGGAUGGGUCCAGCUGCAGACGGAUAGUUCUGUUAUCAGCUAUUCCAAGUCAGCUACUAUUGGAGGGCUUGUUAGGGACUGUCUGGGAAACUGUCUUGACACUUUCACUUGCAACCUCAGGGAGUGCUCGAUAACUAUCGUAGAACUCAAGGAAGCUACUGAUGGCCUCGAUAGAGCUUAGAGAAAAGAUUCAGAAAGAUCGAACUCAAUCUGGAUUCCAUGAAGGUGAUUAACAUUAUGAACAAUUGGGAAGAUGAUAACAUCAUCAUGGAAUCCUUGCUGCGAAACUCGGAGAGCUCAUUAGUCGAGAUUGGGAAAUCAAAGUUCGCCAUGUUU